AUGUCGCAGGUCUUCCCUGGUGGCCGUCUAGGAAUUCCGCUGAAUGCAACCAUCGCUUCACUGAAUCGAGAGGGGAAUUGGAGAUUACCACCGGCUAGGUCAGAAGCAAUGCUUGAACUCUAUGCCUACAUGACAACAAUUGAGCUUACCAAUCAACAAUAUUACUACGAAUGGGAGAUACAAGGAACAACAACCACAAAAUUUAGCACGGGAGCAAUCUACACUUACUUGCGAGGUACAAUUUCAGAACCAUCUUGGACUAAAGCAAUUUGGUUCCCUCGAGCUAUCCCGAGACACUCUUUCCACUUGUGGUUGGUGACUCUUGAUCGGUGUCCAACUAGAGAUAGAAUGAUCCAAUGGGGGAUUCAAGUAGAUCAUACCUGCCUCCUCUGCAAUUUGGCUCCCGAAUCAAGAGAUCACCUAUAUUUUGACUGCUCCUACGGCUUCGCACUCUUGACAAUGGUAAAAACGCGAUGCGAAUCACCCCCAGGAGAUCUUGGAGUCAAACGAUCGCCAAAUGGAGACGCUACCUCUGCGGAAAGCUGA